UAAACCUAGUUAUGAAUAUGAGAAAAGCUACAGCUCCUGAAGCUUUAGUAAAUAUAUAAUAGUUUAUUCUUAUUCUGGAGUGGUAUUGGAAAUUUGGAACUUCUCGUUUCAUCCUGUAUUGUAUACAACAGAUUAGCGGGCAUGUCAGGGACGGAUCGUUGAUAGAUCUAAACCCGAAUAUUGCGUUUCCAUACCCGGUCACCAAGGCCUAGUAUAGAGAAUUAGCGACCCAGGUUGAGCGGUAAGCGAAUGAAAAUCGAGUAUAUUAACUGAUAGUUUAGCUGAGACUUGAGGUCUGGGAUCGUUUAUAAGCGCCGAUCAUUCCCACCCAGUCAGAGUCUACAUUUUCACUUUUAAGAUCUUGAGACCAAGCCUUCAAUCCAUCUAUAUUUUGACCCUCUGAAAAAAAGUGCGAAUAUCAUGGCGCGUACGAAUUAUAUCAUCUCUCAGGGCUCCAGAAUCCUAGUCACUGGAGCUAAUGGUUACAUCGCAUCUCAUGUGUGCGAUAUUCUUCUGGGUCUUGGAUAUGACGUGCGGGGUACAGUAAGGUCCGAAAAACCAUGGCUUGAUUCAUACUUUGAACACAAAUACGGAAAAGGCCGAUUUGAAGCAGUGGUUGUACCUUCCCUGGACUCUGAAGAUACCUGGAAGGCGAUUGUCCAAGGAGUGUCUGGAAUCGCGCAUAUAGCAUCAGAUCUUUCAAUGAACCCAGAUGCCAAGGCGGUUAUUCCUUGGGUGGUAAAUGCCACUCUUAAUGCUCUGCAGGCAGCAUCUGGGCAACCCUCUGUAAAGCGAGUUGUUUUAACGUCAUCAUCUGCCGCGGCUUUCAUAUCUCAGCCAAAUGUGAAGGGUAUAACUGUAGAUGCAGACACUUGGAAUGAUGCUGCUGUUAAAGCCGCCUGGGAUGAUAGCCUUCCCGAUGAGGAGAGAGCUUAUCACAUCUACUCUGCCUCCAAGACUCUAAGCGAGCGAGAAGCUUGGGGUUGGGUCAGGAAGAACCACCCUUCUUUUGGAUUCAACACCAUUGUUCCAAACACAAAUUAUGGUAGAGUGCUCUGCCCCGAAAUCAGCGGCUCAACUAUGACAUGGACGGGAGUCCUUCUCGAAGGAGAUGAUACAGUGAUCCGUAAAUUUCCCCCCCAAUGGUUUGUUGAUGUCGAGGAUACUGCUCGCCUCCAUGUCAUAGCAUUAUUGGAUCCGACUGUAGAAUCCGAGAGAAUAUUUGCGUUUGCAGAAAAGUUUAAUUGGAAUGACAUUGUUAGGAUACUCAAGGAACUUCGUCCAGACAAUAGAAGCAUUCCAGAUCCCCCGGGAAACGAAGGUCGAGAUCUGAGUGAAAUCGUUCUAGCACCAAAGGCGGAAAAAAUGAUCCAGACCUUCUUCGGACGGCGAGGUUGGGUUGGACUGAAGGAGAGCCUUGCCGCAGGAAUUGAAGGUCGCUGGUGAAAAGUCUCUUGGAUUUACUUUACUACAACGGCAUCUGGAACUUUAUGAUACUAGUAUAAAGAUGAUCCCUCAAACCUAUAGGAGCCACAAGAGAUAACU